GUAAAGAGCAUGGUGGCAGGGGCCAGCAAGGCCGGCAAAUGGCAGACGGUCCAGAGCCACCUGCACUCCGGAGGCCUGAGAUCCAGCAAACCAGUAAAAUGUGGGCCAGCUAAUCUGUUAGAGAGAGAAGAGUCAGUAAUUGUAUGUGUAUAAACUUACUCUAGCUGUAAUGCUGUCAAAGGGAAGUGCAGUGAGUGUGAUUUAAGUGUAAACCAGAGGUGCUGUCUGCAUUUUGUGCAAAUCUGCAAACACGUCUGAAUAUUGAAAAUGUGUGUGUAUACUUUUUUGUGAGGUUGCUCUGAAAGAGCAACACAGCUAUAGCCAAAACACUUCAACUCAUCACACGCUAUGGUUUCACCAGCUCAACUUUUGCCUGCGUGGCCAUUCAGAAACAAUUACAUUUUGCCAGUCACACCGCCAAUGCCAUUAUAUGUAACUCUCAUACACACUAACCACAACAAACAUGAUAUGCAUCUAAUGUGGUCAUGUGCAUUUGUCGCAGAUUCAUCAUCACCAUGCGCAUCAUACAUGGUGUGCAUGGGGUAAAAGGUGUGUGUGCGCAUGUGUGUGUGUGUGUGUGUGUGUGUGUGUGUGUGUGUGUGUGUGUGCGAGCAUGCGUGUGUGUGUGUGUGUGUGGAGGGGAGGCGGAAUUGAGAGAGCGGAGUAAGAAUUAUUACUGGCAUUAAUCCAGUCCUCCGUCCACAAAUGGCCUCGUCUAAGACGCCUCCCCUGAGCACUCAACAAGAUAUACAACAGCAGGGCAAAGCAAAGAGUGUUUUCAGCCCAGUCCAAGCACAGUAAAUCCUCCAGUCAGACGCCGGCACCCCGACUGACGGGUUCUGAGUCCCGUCUACAGUUAGCAGAACCGACAAGCGAAAGCAAAAUAAAAAGGCAGGACCUGAAGCUAUCAAGCUGAGAAAGUGAGUCUAACAAAGGGGAUUAGAGGAGAGGGGACCUAGAUGAAAGAUGCUGAAGAAGAGAGAGACAAAUGUGGGGAUACGUCUAAAGGGAAUUUAGCAUGGGUAAGUGGAAUGAAGGGACGACAGUUAGUCAGCCAGUGUUGUUGAGGAAAAGUACAAAUGUAGCACAGUCAUGCAUGUGAACGUGCAGUGUAUGCAUACACUGCCAUGAUGUUUAGCUGAAACGAAAUCUGUUGGGUCUGGUUGGUUUAACUGAAGAGAAGGAAGACCCAGAAUCCAACCACGAUUUGUGAGGAACAUUCAGUAAAGGCGUUAAGAGCGUUGUGUGUUUCUGAUGCUUGUGGCUGACUUUGCUCUGUUUCUCUCUUCCUCCUUCACGUCAUUCCCCUGAAUCUCUCUCCUCCAUAAUGGAUGUCUCUUGACUGGUCUUUGUUCUCCUCAUUCUUACCCUCCUUGUUCGACACUGUGUUUGUCCUCUCCGAUUACCUCUCUUUUUCCCUCCCACACGUGCCAUCACUCAUUUCUCCACCCCCUUACCUGAGUGCCCGUGUCAUUCUCUCACUUUUUCAAUUCCUCCUCUUUCCCUCCAUUUUGAUCACUCCGUCUCUCCCCCUGCCACCACCACCACUGUCCUUCCUCUCUGUCCACUGCCUCCCACCAUCUCACCUCCUCCCUGGUCCCCUUCACCUGCACGCCCCCCCCCCCCCCCCUCCCCCGUCCCAUUGCUUGUAUCUCCACUCCUUUCUCCUCCAUCUGGGCAGCUUUGGGGACCCCUCCCUGUCCUCUGCCUCCACCCUGGAGCACAUCCCUUCCUCGGCCGCCCGCCCACGGCCCCUGGUGAGGCAGCAGAGCCUCCAGCAGCCCCUAUCCCACCAGCCUCCGCCGGGCCCCAACGACCCCCCGGCAACAUCUCAGAGCCUGGGCCAGCUCCAUACGGGGCCGGGCGGCGGGGGGAACCGGGGAGGUCCGCGGGGGGUGCGUGGUAGUCCGGCUGGAGCAGGGGCCUCGCGAUACAGGGGAGGCGGAGGAGGAGGGAGGUCUCGCUCAAACCCGGGCAGCGUGGACCACGUGAUGGGACAGAUUCGCCGGAGAGGACUGGACGUCAAGUCGUUCCUGGAAGGGAAGAUGGUGGUCUUAUCCCUGGCGAUCGGAUUGGCUGAACAAGAUGACUUUGCCAACCUUCCAGACCUUCAGGAGGCACCAGCGAGCCAAGAAACGCCGCCCUCCGACAAGAGAGGCGCAAACAACAAGCCAGGAAGCAGCCCCAGGGGUCAGACACCAGAUGAUGCCGGCCGCCGUCAGGACGCCAACUCCUCAGUGUCAGACCUGGCUAACUCACUCACCAGCGACAUGCUAAUGGUACGAACACAACUGUCUCCUGGCUCAGAGGAGGAUGAUCAUGAGGGUCCCAUAGUUGAGAAGCUUGGGCGCAUCCAGUUCAGUUUGGGCUACAAUUUCCAGGACUCCACUCUCACAGUCAAGAUACUGAAGGGCCAGGACCUACCUGCCAAGGAUUUUUCCGGAACCUCCGACCCCUUCGUCAAAAUAUACCUGCUGCCUGACAAGAAGCACAAGCUGGAGACCAAGGUCAAAAGGAAGAACCUCAAUCCACACUGGAACGAGACAUUCCUCUUCGAAGGAUUCCCUUUUGACAAGGUAGUCCAGCGCACAUUGUACCUGCAGGUCCUAGAUUACGACCGCUUCAGCAGAAACGACCCCAUCGGCGAGGUGUCCAUUCCCCUCAACAAAGUGGAGCUGGCGCACAUGCAGACCUUCUGGAAGGAGCUGAAACCGUGCAGUGAUGGCAGCGGGAGUCGAGGGGACCUGCUGGUGUCGCUCUGCUACAACCCCACUGCCAACACAAUCACUGUGAGCAUCAUUAAGGCCCGCAACCUCAAAGCCAUGGACAUCGGAGGAACCUCCGAUCCGUAUGUGAAGGUGUGGCUGAUGCACAAAGACAAGCGGGUGGAGAAGAAGAAGACAGUGGUGAUGAAGCGCUGUUUGAACCCCGUCUUCAACGAGUCCUUCCCCUUCGACGUCCCCGCCCACGUCCUGAGAGAAACCACCAUCAUCAUCACGGUCAUGGAUAAAGACAAGUUCAGUCGCAAUGAUGUCAUUGGCAAGAUCUAUCUCUCCUGGAAGAGUGGUCCAGCAGAGGUGAAGCACUGGAAGGACAUGAUGGGUCACCCUCGCACGACGGUGGCCCAGUGGCACCCUCUGAAGGCCUGAAACCCCCCCCACCACCACCACCACCACCACCAUACACCUGCCAAAACCCUGCCCGCAACUGCCCCUUCCCCAAAACAAAUCAAAACAAAUGAAGAAAGUCAUUUCUCCUCUCCUAUGUGCCCUGAACCCAGUCAAUAUGCACAAGGCUCUCGCUGCCAAACGGGUACAAAUAGCCAUUCAACACAACCCUUUCUCACCUUCUGUCCAUUUUAUCUCUCUCUUUUCUCUGUCAGCUACUCUCCUCUUGAACUUCAGUAUAUUCAGGGGGGUGAACAGUCUUCUCUUCCUCAUCCUCUUCUUCCUCCUCUACCCUGCCCCCCCCCCCUUUUCUCCAUAACUGUGGGUUCUCCCUGAAGUUUGUCUGCCCAGCACCAAGGCCCAGCACUGGGCUGCCGUGGCAGGAGGACCGCUCCAUCAGAGCUUCGCUGCCCAGAGAGAGAACACCGUCUCCCCAGCAGGCACGCCAUGUUUUUAGAGAUCAAAAAUUCAUUAUAAAGUUUCGACCGUGCCCGUGUGGAGUCUCCAAUUUUCUUCUCCUCUGCUCUCUUCUCCUUUCCUCCUUUCUGCUCUCUUCUCCUUUGGGUGUGA